GGUACUCCUCCGGCGACGGCGCCGCCUCCACCCACCUCCAACCUUCCCUUCAAGUUCUUCUCCGGCCCGCCCGACCCCAGCCAUCCUUUGACGCUUUACAUCCUUGGUCCGCGGCGCCGCUUCUCCGGCAGUGAAAGGAGAAUAACACCACCUAACUUCCACAACCAAGAUGACGGAUGGCGGCCAAAGCAGCCAACUUGCUGCUCUGGAGAAAGUGUUGCUUGAUGAAACUGCGGAUCCAGUUGAUCUGCCUUUCUCGCUGCUCAGCUCCAUCACAGGAAAUUUCUCUGAAGCUCAGGAAAUUGGCAGGGGCGGGUUCGGAGUGGUUUACAGGGGAGUGCUUCCAAGUGGUCGCACUGUUGCGGUGAAGCAGCUCUUCGAGAGGUACGAUAUCUUGGACAAGAAUUUCGAGAGCGAGGUCACCUGUCUCGCAGGGGUCAAGCACAAGAAUACCGUGAGAUUUCUCGGGUACUGCUCUGAGACGCAGCAAGUGCUGAUGCCAUACGACGGGAAGUGUGUCUUGGCUGAUGUGCGGCAUAGGCUGCUCUGCUUCGAGUACAUGCCCAAAGGGUGCCUUGCUGACUAUCUCUCCGAUGCAUCUUGUCGACUUCAGUGGACCACACGUUACCAAAUAAUCAAGGGGAUCUGUGAGGGCGUACAUUAUCUUCACCAACAGCGUAUUAUUCACAUGGACCUCAAACCUCAGAAUGUACUAUUGGAUGAUAACAUGGUGCCCAGAAUUGCGGAUUUCGGUCUAUCACGGCGCUUAAGUGGAAGCAAGAGUCGGGCUAUUACUGAUCACAAGCUUGGGACAAUGGGAUAUAUGGCACCAGAAUUCUUAAUUAGCGGAGAAAUCACCUUCAAGACCGACAUAUAUAGUUUGGGCAUUAUUGUAAUGGAGAUCCUUAUGGGACAUAAGGAGUGUUCCAGUGUUAAGGAGGUAGUUGAAAGUUGGACGGACAUGUUUGGGACAUCAAAUAGUCACACAUCAUUGGAACAAGUAAAGGCAUGUGCCCAGAUAGGGAUAGAAUGUAAAAACUAUUACCCAGGGAAAAGGCCGGCUACAUGGUUUAUCAUCCGUGGAAUACUGGGUGACGUGGAAAUUUUGAAUUGGCCUGUUACAAGUGAUGUAGGUACCUCAACAGAAGUGCAGACAAGCAUUCACUCUAAGGUGGCGGAUGAGUUGAAAUUAAUGGAUGAUUCUGCUGUUGCUCCACCCAAACUGCCACCAUCUACGUUGGAUGUGGAGCAGGACGAUGGAAAAUUGAGCCAGGAGAGGAAGAGGAAGGCAUCAAACAUAAGCUUCUCCAAGCUAGCGGAUGAGCUGAAGUUGAUAGAUAAUUCGGUCGCUAGUGGCAAGCUGAUGGAUAAUUCUACCACACCAUCCCAACUGCAACCAUCGGGACUAGAGGUGGACAAGGAGGAUGGCAAGAUAAGCUUCUCCAAGCUGGCGGAUGAACUAAAGUUGAUGGAUGAUUAUGUUGCACCAUUCCAACUUCAACCAUCAUCGCUGGAGGUGGAGCAGGAGGAUGGCAAAGUGAGCCAACAGAAGAAGAGGAGGGCAUCAACCAUGAGUGUGGCGACCGGGGUGAUGAGCACCCUCAGUGGCAAGCUUACCACUUCCAUCAGCGACGAGUACAAUAAGCGCAAAGAGGUGAGGAAGCAGGCGUCAUUCCUGCAGAAGGAGUUGAGUGCCAUAAAUGCUACUCUUGAGCUGCCAGAGCUCAUGAAUGAGCUCGCUCCAGGGGCAAAAAAUUGGAGGGAUGAUCUCAGGGAGAUUUCCUAUGACAUGGAGAAUUGCAUUGAUGACUUCAACCGCCAAUUUGGAGGUGAGGAUGUUGAGGUAGGCUUUUUCUGGGAGGAUGUUGAACUUCACAAGAGGUUGUGCGAGCUUCAUCAGAUUUCCAACCAGAUGGAAGAGCUUAGGACUCUUGCGGUACAAUCAAAUGCUCGAUGUGAGAGUUACAAGAUUGAUAAUUGCAAGGCUAGCUAUGGUUUUGUAGCUGUCGACCCUCGGCUUCCCGCGAUCUACCAGGAGGCAAUCAGCCUUGUGGGCAUUGACGGCCCAAUGGAGGUGGUUUCCAAUUGGUUGAUGGAUACUCAGGAAAAACUCAAGGUUGUUUCUAUUGUGGGUUUUGGAGGUCUGGGUAAAACUACACUUGCCAAACAGGUGUAUGACAAGAUCAGGCAAAAUUUUGAUUGUGUAGCAUUCAUUUCAAUUUCACUGAGGCCUGAUAUGAGAGUACUUCUCAAUCGCCUAAAAUUGAAAUUUGGGAUAUAUGAGUCUUCUAACGAUCACGGAUUUGACGACAUCAUUGAAGAGCUAAGGAAGUAUCUUGCAAAUAAAAGGUACCUUAUUGUAGUUGAUGACUUGUGGGAUCAAUCAGCAUGGAAUACUAUUAGUUGUGCUUUUCCAGAUAAUGGUAAUGGGAGCAGAGUAUUAGUAACCACACGAGUGGAAGAUGUGGCUAGUGUGGCAUGUCGCUGUGACCGUGAAUGCAUUUACACAAUGAAGCCUCUCAAUGAAGAAAACUCUAGAAUGUUAUUCUCGAAUAGAGUAUUUGGGGCUGAAGUUGUUUGUCCACCCUAUCUUAAAGAUGUCACGGCUGAAAUUCUGAAGAAGUGUGGAGGAUUGCCGCUUGCAAUAAUCACUAUAGCUAGCCUAUUAGCUACUCAGGUGAGAUCAAUGAAACACUGGGAGAGCAUAAGAAAAUCUUUGCGUGUCCAAUCUGCCCCAAAUCCUUCAUUGAAAGACAUACAAAAUAUAUUAAACCUUAGCUACACACAUCUUCCUCUUCAUCUCCGGGCAUGUUUUUUGUACCUUGGUAUGUAUGCUGAGGACCACAUCAUAAGGCGGGAUCAGCUGGUUAAACAAUGGAUAGCUGAAGGCUUCGUCAGCAGUUUGCAUGGGCCAGAUUUGGAGGAUGUUGGCAGGAGUUAUUUUAAUGAGCUCGUCAACAGAAGCAUGAUUCAGCCAUGCAAAACUAGCUAUGGAGAGGUGUUGUCUUGCACAGUACAUGACAUGAUGCUUGAUUUGAUCCUAUGCAAGUGUGUAGAAGAUAAUUUUAUAAGUCUGGCAUACAAUUCUGAGGACAUCGCGAGACUACUGCAUCGCUGCAAAAACAAGGUUCGCCGACUAUCCCUGAGCUCCAUGGCUGUUGGUGGAGCAACAUAUGACACGGCUAUUGCUGCUAGGCUGUCACAAGUUCGGUCAUUACUGUUCAAUAAGCCUAUACUCCCUCUUUUGUGGUUCAAGUACCUCAGGGUGCUAAUCAUUUAUAACAGGUGGGGGAUGAUUGACCUCACCGCUGUUAGCCAAUUGUUUCAGCUGAGGUGUCUGAUGGUAAGUUCUGAUGGGAAGAUAAAGCUCCCUACUAAACUUGGAGAGCUUGUUUACUUGGAGACACUGGACAUAGAAACUUGCAGACUGAUGGAGAGCAUCCCCUCAGACAUAGUUAAUUUGCCCCGCUUGUCCUAUCUGCUACUUCCACCUGGGACAAAGUUUCCUGAAGGUAUCGGGAAUAUGAAAUUACUGCGCACUCUGCGAGGGCUUGACAUGGAAAAGAGCUCGCUGGAGUGUUUUAUGGGUCUUAGCGAGCUGACCAAUCUGAAGGAACUGUGUAUGUCAGUAGGUUCAUUGGAAAUGUUGAUGGGGUUGACAAAAGUUGAUGCUUUGGCUUGCUCCAUUGGAAAACUAUGUAAUCUUGAAUCUCUAUUCAUCUCUGGCAUUCAUGUUGAGCGUGAGGAUAGCCAGCAGCUAGGCUCAUUAUCCAAUCCUUUUCGACAUAUUGAGCAUCUUGAAUUGUCUUUUUGGCGGUUAUGGAGAGUUCCAAAAUGGUUGUGUGGUCUCCAUUGCCUGCGCAACCUUAAGCUGUAUGUUGAAAUGACAUCAACUCAGGAUGUUCAUCUGCUUGGAGAGCUUCCCUCUCUUGUCCGCCUCGAAUUCAGAGCAUGUGAAAUCCCUGGGAAAAGAGCUAUGUUAGGCACGGGGCUAUUCCCAGUUCUGGAGUUCCUAAAUUUGUGGUCUAGGAAAGACACUACAGCGUACCUGGGCUUCGAGGCAGGUGCUAUGCCGAGUUUACAAACACUCUGGUUCAGUGCGUCCAACUGGGGCGGCACUGUACCAGUCGGCAUGGAGCACUUGUUACACCUCCAGCAGAUCCAAGUGCAUGCGGUCUGCAUUAGUAAGGAUUCUGUGGACAGGUUGAAAGAGGCUGAGGAUGCAUUCAAGGAGGCCUUGCUGAUGCACCCGAACCACCCUUCCGUCAUACGUAGUUCAUAGCAGAGCAUAAUUCCUGCAAGAAUCGUACUAUGUCUAUCUUUCAUAGUCCUGCCGGAGAAGUGAAAAGGGGCAGCUGAUUAAGGCGCUUGCCACGAAUGUCUUUAACUUUUCCUGUUGUGGUUGUACUGCCAAUGUGUCUGCUAGAUCUUUGUUUUGAUAGCUAAUGGUGGUUAUGGAUCAACAUCUCUAUUUUUCUUGUAAUGGCUGCAAUCCUGAUGAUUAAUGAAUUAGUGAAUGCUCCUCCUAA